UAUAUACUAGUGAAACUAGUUUGUUCUUUUAUAACGGAUUGUUUAUAUUUGUCGCAAACGCGAAUAAAAUGUGCAUGUGGUAAAUAUAUGUGAUAACGCCCGUUACGAUAUUUAAUUCCUAGUUAGUAUAUCUAUGCAGACGUGAAUACGAACGUAGCAGAGUGGAUACAACCCCGAUUGUAUGUUUAUAGGUUUCAUUGAAACUAACGCAAAGUUAAUAAAUUGUUUAUUGUUAAUAAUCGUGGGUGCCACUAAUAGUGUUUUAGUACAAGUUGAAAACAUUAUCUAACAAUAUUUGGAUCGUUCGAUAGUGUGACGAUUUCCACCGUAGCCAUUUUUUAUACAGUUUUAUAAAUUUUUUACCUACGUGAAAUCACCACAUAAUUUUGAUCGAGUAAAUCGUUAAAUUUUCACACGAUGGGUGCGAGACAAAGCAAGAGAUCAGUCGAUAUAACGACGGCAACCGGCGCAGCAUCCGAGAGCGGGGGCGAUGUGGUCGCCGGAAAAUUGGGAAAACUCGAAGAUGGCGCGGUUGCUGGCGAGCCUGCUGCCACUAAGCAAAAUGGAGACGCUGUGUUAAAGGAAAAAGAACGUCAAUUGGAAUCUGGAACGCCUGAGAAUGAAAAAGAUUCGAGCACCGAAAAGGGUUUAUUGGUGCCACCUGCGGCUUCAGACAGCGCAACCACGCCGGCGGCCGUUGAGAACGGUCUCGGUGAUGCCACUCCCGAUGAAAUGCCCACGGAAAAAAUUGGUACAUCUUCUGAAGAACCCCAAAGCCCAACCUCUCCUUCUGAAGAUACAUCAGAAGUAGCAUCUCCAACUUCCCCAACGUCCCCAACUUCUGGUGAUGAGAAACAGACUGAAAAGAAGAAAGAGAAAAAGAAGAAAUGGUCCUUCCGUAGCAUCUCUUUCAGCAAAAAGGACAAACAAAAGCCUUCCAAGAAGCAACAGCAACAGGAAGAAAAUGGGGACAUUGAAAAGGUUCCUGAAGAGGGAGCUGAUGAAAAUGCAGCAGCUGCUGCGCCUGCCGGUGACGUGCCCGCGGCCGCUUCUCCUAAAGAAGAAAUAACUAAGGAUGAGACUUCUGCACCUCAGAGUGAAGUAAUCAAAUCUGAAGAGGCUCCAGCACCCAAAGUAACAGAGUCUACAGCAGAAAAGACAAAUGAAGCCGUGAAAACACCAGUUGAAGAUAAAUGUGAAAAACCAGUUGCACCUAUUGCAUGUGAGGCAGCUUGUGAAAAACCUGCAACUUGUGAGAGUAAAGAAGUUAAAGAUCCAGUACCAGCAGAACCUGUUCAGACAUUAGAAGCAGCCCCAGCUGCGGAGCCAGUUGAACAUGUUACAUCAGCAGCUGAAAAUAAAGUUGAAGAGCCGGCAAAAACAUAUGUAGUUGCUGAAGUUCCAGUUCCAGAAAAUGUUGAAGCCAAACAGGAACCGGAAUCUCUACCUCCUCCACCAGUUGAGGAACAGAAAGAGGUUUGUGAUCAUACAUCACCACCCCCAUUACCAAUUUCCUCACCCCCUUCCCAAGUAACAGCUUUCGCAGAGGCUAUGUUGGCAUCUGAUGAUGUUGCAACUUCAGCUGUAAUUCAGCAACAAGAAACUUCUAUUUCAAAAGAAACUGCACCCUCAGUUGCCGAUAAAGUAGGAGAAAGUGAUAUAAAAGAUAAAUUACCAGAACCUGAAACUGCUCAUUCUGCUAUUCAAGUUGUAAUUCAACCUGAAACUCCAAUUCUUGCACCUUCUGAUUCACCUAUGAUAGCUAAAGAUGAACAAAUUGCGGUCCAACCGGUUGCAUCCGAACAGCCCGCAGCCCCCGCACCUCUUUCUGAACAGCCCGCAGCCCCCGCACCUCUUCCCGAACAGCCCGCAGCCCCCGCACCUCUUCCCGAACAGCCCGCAGCCCCCGCACCUCUUCCCGAACAGCCCGCAGCCCCCGCACCUCUUCCCGAACAGCCCGCAGCCCCCGCACCUCUUCCCGAACAGCCCGCAGCCCCCGCACCUCUUCCCGAAAAACCUGCAGCCCCCGCACCUCUUCCCGAACACGCACCCAUUCCCGAACAGCCUGCAUCCCCCGCACCUAUUCCCGAACAGCCUGCAGCCCCCGCACCUAUUCCUGAACAGCCUGCAGCCCCCGCACCUAUUCCCGAACAGCCUGCAGCCCCCGCACCUCUUCCCGAACAGCCGGCAGCUGCUUCUACAUGUGAACUUCCGGUAGCUACUUCUGUUAUUGUUCCAUCCGAAGUGCCUGACUUGGCUCAAAAUGAAGUGCCUGUUCUCUCUGAUGCCAAUGUGAUAAAAACUCAAGUUGCCCCGAUUAUUCCUCAAACAGAAAUUCCAGAAGCUAAACAAGAAGUAUCAGCCACAGUUAAUGAAUGUGAUACAAUGGUGCAGGCGCCGAAAAUUGAUUCAACUGAAAAAGUUGUAGAAGAAAAAGACUCCAGCAAACAAAUUGAUGACGAUUUACCUUCACCUCCUCCAUCACCAGCAUCUGGAUAUGAAGCUCAAUUAAAUACUGAUUCGAUAACAACUAAAACUGAAUCAGGAGAAAAUUUACCAUCACCGCCUCCUUCUCCCCUAUCAGCUCAGGACACUUCAGUUUCAGAAUCUGUAGCAGCUAACACAAUCACAGAGGAUCAGUUGCCUUCACCACCUCAAUCACCUGAGAUUUCAAAUCGAGAUGAUAAACCAAAAGAGGUAACGGUGGGAUCUUUUGAUGAUCUCGCUCCCUUGCCGCCACCGCCUACAGUGGCAACUGAAGGGCAAAAUGGCAACAUUAUGUGUCCUCCAUCUCCACAUGAAAUGAGCAACGGAGUCUCUGAGAAACAGCCAGCCCAACAGGAAAAAUCAAGUGACAUGGCAGAGGUUUCGGCUACUGAAAGUACGUUAAGUGAUAUGAGCAUCACAAAAGAUAUUACAGAAAAAAUUGCAGACAUGAUGCUAGAUGAUGUUCCUCCAGUCGAUAUACCUGUACCAACAGAAUCAACAGUGGCCAUUGCUGAAAAUUAA